AUGGGUCCAGGGCUGCGUUUAGUGAACAGUAAAUAUUUCACAAGUAUACUCCAAGACAUUGGUGAUUCUUUUACUGCAGAUACCGGCAACUCUCCAUGGUUGCUUUCACCUUCUGGUGACUUUGCCUUUGGUUUUCUUCCAAUCCAAGACACUGAUCAUUUUUUGCUUUCCAUUUGGUAUGCCAACAUUUAUGAGAAAACUGUUGUGUGGUAUGCUAAUGGAGACUGUCCUGCACCAAAAGGAUCAAAAGUGGAACUCACUGCUAAUGAUGGGUUGGUGCUAACUUCUCCAAAUGGUUACAAGUUAUGGAAUACUACUGAGGGACUGAGCAGUGUUGGAGUUUCUCGCGGUGUGUUCAAUGACACUGGCAACUUUGUGCUUGAGGAUGGUGAAUUCAAAAGUCGGUGGGAAACUUUCAACUUUCCUAGUGACACCUUGUUGCCUUCUCAGGUUCUUCGUAAAGGUGGAAGCCUUUCUUCAAGACUUAAGGAGACAAAUUUCAGUAAAGGAAGGUUUGAGCUCCUUUUACAAAAUAAUGGUAGUCUUGUUAUGCAUUCUAUUAAUUUACCAUCUGGUUAUGUUAAUGUAGAAAACUACUAUGAAAGUGAAACUGUGGGAACUCAAUUGGUCUUUGACGGAUCAGGGGACUUGUAUCUCUUGAGAGAGAACAAUGAGAAAUACUAUGUGUCAAAAGAAAAGGUUAAAGUCUCCACUACUAAUUUUUAUCUUAGAGCAACUCUUAAUUUUGAUGGAGUGUUCACACUUCUUAAGCAUCCAAAGAGUUCAACUGAUAGUGGAGGUUGGACUAUAGUGUGGUCUCAGCCUGAAAAUAUAUGUCAUUAUUUUCCUAAAUUAGGUAGUGGUGUUUGUGGAUAUAAUAGCUACUGCACUUUGGGAGAGAAUAAGAGGCCAACACGUCGGUGUCGAAAAAGUUACUCACUGGUGGAUCCUGACGAUCCAUUUGGUAGCUGCAAGCCAGACCUCAUACAUGGAUAUGCAGAAGAUGAACUAAGUGAAACAAAGGAUCUGUACUACUCUAAGAUUUUGAAUGGCACUUAUUGGCAUCAAAACGAUUAUACGCAUCUAAAGCCUUUUAUUGAAGUACAAUGUAUUAUAGCUUGUAUGGAAGACUGCAUGUAUUAUUAUUUGUUUAUAUUCUGGCACAUUGAUAUUUGAUAUAUCCUUGAUGUUCAAUUUCACAUGUUAUCAACAACUUGACUAUAUAAAUAAUUAAUAGUUAUU